UGUCCUCUCUGUCGCUCCACAGGUCCCUUCGAGACAAACCUCAGCGCAGGGACAACAAUAUGCGGAAGUUGCUAUACCAUCGUAGAACAGGGUAUCCUCGUCUCUGAAAUUGGGUUUGGUGAAAGUGCCGGUGGGAGGGUACAUGUGCAAGGACAGUUCGUUUCUCGUUUUGCAACCGGUAUAGCUGGUAUCAGAGGUGCUUCUUCUGCCUCUUCGGAGAAGGCCAAACAGGAUGGCCAAGCCAAAGUCAAAAGCGUAGGCGACGCUAUGAACAUCGAACCCCAUAUCAUUCGGGGAGCACAAAGAUGGUAUGGUCUAGCUGUUGAUAAUCGGUUCAAUCGAGGUCGGAGGAUAGAAUACAUCGUGGCUAGCUGCCUGUAUCUUCAAUGCAGGAUGAAGAAGGAUCCUCAUAUGUUGAUUGAUUUUUCCGAGCGUCUGACUAUAAACGUCUAUGAACUCGGUGGUACUUACCUCAAACUCCGCUCCAUCCUAUCCCUGACCGAGACCAUGCCUGAAGUCGAUCCAGCCAUUUACAAUCUUCGCUUCGCCAACCGACUUUCCUUCGGAGCUCCCGCGGUCGUUCAUGCCAUCGCUGCGGACGCUUCCAAGCUCAUCCGACGUUUUGCGGCCGAUUGGAUGACACAAGGACGUCGACCUGCUGGUUUAUGUGGUGCAUGUCUUAUCAUCGCCGCGCGGAUGCACGAUUUUCUCCGGACUCCGGACGAAGUUGCUCAGGUGGUCAAAGUGGCACCCAUAACGAUCCACCGAAGGUUGCGAGAGUUCGCUCAGACCAGCAUUGCCAAGAAGACAGUGGAGGAAUGGCGAAAUAUGACCGAAGAGGAUUUGUUACAUGAUACGGAGGAUGUACCUCCUGUGGUCAAAAAGCAACGGGAGCAAGCUCGAAAAUUGGCAGAGAAAGUGAAGCGAGAAACAGCUAUGAUGGGACAAGAAGAAUCUUCUCCUCCACUUGAAGAGCUGGACCCCCAGGAUGACGAUGAUAUGACGGAUCCACAGGGAGAGGGCAGUACGAGACGAAGAGGUAAAGAAAGGAUGACGGAAGAAGAAUUAGAUAUGGGAGAAGUAAUUCGCGAAGUAGCAGAGAAUUACGGUUUGGACGUUUUCGAAGGUGAAGAAAUUGAAGAUCCUAAUCUUGAAGAGAUGGGACCUACAGAAUACACAAAAGAAGUGGAUGCCGCAAGAGACGAUCCCGAUCAAGCUAAAUCUGAAAGAAAGAGAGACCAACACGCUUUUCGUCGAUCUAUCCCUUCUUCAUUCUCCACCACAGCAGUUGAUUCCGAUCCGACACAAUCGACAUUGGUAGAAUACGAUGCUUUGGGUUUGGAAGAUAAAGAAGAAGAUUUACAAGAAUAUGAUGAAGAUGAAAAAGAAGAUGAUGAUGAGAAAGAAGAAGGUCAAGAGAAUGGUAAAAGAAAUAAUAAAAAGAAAAAUUUCGAUGAAUGGGAAGAUGAAGAAGCCACCAUGAUUUUCCUUGAAAAAACAUAUUUCUCAGAAGAAGCUAGACUCUUAGCUGUCACUGGAACGGAUAUCAGAGAAAGGAUAAAAAGUUGGUUGAGAGGUAGAGAACCUAAGGAUGUAGUAAUGGAAAUGAGAACCAUUGAGAAUGCUUAUAGGAAAAGAGCAAAGGGAGCUAAAGUUAAAGAAGAUGUAUUUGAGGAUAUCGAUGAUGAGGAAUUGGAUAAGUAUUGGAUUAUGGAUGAUCAUGAGAGGGAUACAAGGGCAAGGAUGUGGUUGAGUAGUAAUGGAAAAUGGUUGGAGGAGGAGAAAACUCGACAAGAGAAAAAAGCGUUAGAAGAGAAACGUAAAGGUGAAUCUGGACGUCCCAAGCCGAAGACCAAACGUAAACGUCCAACAGCAAGACAAAAACCAUUCACAACAGCCAGAGAAGCCAUCACAACUUUAGCUAUCGAUAAGAAAUUUUCUUCUAGGGUCAAUUAUGACGCACUGGAAUCAGCUGUAGAAAAAGUUGAUAGUGAAUUAGUGAUGUUUGAUGAUAAAGAAGAUGAAGGUGAGAAAUAUGAUGACGAUGAUGAUGAUGGUAAGUAUGACGAUGGUGAGAAAGAUGAUGGUGAUGAUGAGGAGGAGGAGGAGUGGGGAGGAAAAAGGAGAAGGAAUGGAGUGGUGGCUUUUAAUGUUACUGAUUAUGGAGGUCAAGCUAGGGAAAGAAGGGAACGAUAA